AGGAGGGAAAGAGCGAGAGAGAGAGAGAGAGAGAGAGAGAGAGGAGGGGGGGGGGGAGAAAACGCCCUGGAAACUUUGCUUGGUCGAGGAGGAGGAAAAGUGUUAGAAUCCCAUCAGACCAAGUUGAGAGGCGCUCUUCUUUGGGCUGGGGAGACGAGGGAAGACGACAACACGCUUUCAAGGAUGCUCAAGCUCGUGUGAGGCUUCUCGGGCGCAACGAGGGCGCACAGAAGUCAAGACAACAAGAAGCAACGCAUCGGACUGAAGGACUGAAGCCCUUGGCCUCGCUUGAGCUAUCCAAGGAAGGUUGGAGGUGACGUUCUUUCCCACCAGGGCUUGAACGCAAAAGAAACAAAACAAGAUGGCUGACGAGGAGGAAACGAGGGAAGUGCUCUUUCCGGACUGGGAGGGUCCAGACAAAACUGGACUGACCAUUGAGCGGACAAGUGAAGGAGAGAUCUUUGUCAAAGAAGUGAAAGGAGAGUCACCUGCUGCACGAUCUGGGAAAGUGUAUGAAGGGGACCAGAUCGUGGGGGCCACUGUCUACUUUGACAACAUGAGCUCGGAGGAAACGGCUGAGCUCCUGAAGACGCUGAACCGUCACAAGGUUGGACUGAAACUACAAAACAAAGGCGACAAAUCACCUGGCUACUCGCCCCUGAGCACGCCCUGUCGUUCCCCGAUGGGCACCUUGACUUGGGAGGGGAGAGUUGGAAGCGCCAGUCCAGACAUCAUUCUCAGUGGGGAUGAUGAGGACUAUAAAAGGAUUUACACAAAGAAGAUCAAACCAAGGCUGAAGUCCGAGGACCUGGCCGAGGGAGUGGAUGUGCGCACGGAGCGGCACAGCAGCACGAGCAGCGACGGCAGCACAGUGACGACCAUCACCCGCCGUAUCACCACCUACACCGUGGACAUGCCGAGUGGCAUCAGCGAGCAGCUUGAGCUUUCGAGCCCAGAGUUCAAGGGCCAAAGGCAAGAAUCAGGGGACGGCUCGCCUGGUUUAAGAAUGUCCCAGGGCAGUCCUUCUGGCAAUGUGGGAGCCGAGGGAGGAGUUUUUGAUUUAGGCAACGUCUCUUAUAAACUAAGGGGAAACGCAAACACUGGUAGUAGGCACGUUUCAAUGGGAGGGAUGGGAAGUAGUGAUGUGUUCACAGACAGCGAAAGCAGAGCGUCUGUACCAGGAAAAGGAAAGCAGAUUUUGGUGACAUCCAUAGACAGAAGACAAGGCGAUGAGGGAACAAAGGUGAGGGUACCUGAAGUUACUGUCACUCACCCACAUGCAGAGGAAUCGGGCACCAUUCAUAUGCCAACAGUCUCGCUGAGUGAAGGUCAUACGGAUGCUGAAAGUGACCUGAAAGGUCCUUCUGCGAACGCUCACUUCAGCAUUCAAUCAAAGGUUUCUGACAGCAAAUACGUUAAAGGUCCCGAUAUGAACAUUGAAGUCACAAAGGGGGAUUUCACAGCACCUCAGAUAAACGUAACAUCAUUUGGAGCCAAGAGGUCAACUUUUGAUAUAAAAAGUCCAGAAGUGGAUAUUAGGCAGACAGGCCCCCAAAUGGCUGGCAAAGUGAAUGUGUCGACAUCCAAGAUAGAAGGCAACAUAAAAACACCUGAUGUUGUCAUCCGGAGUCCUGAGGUAAACACUGAAGCCCUAAAAGGACAAGGUCCAAAAGUCACAAUGAAUAUUCCCAAAGCUGACAUCUCAAGACCAAGCAUCUCCACGCCGAAUGUGGAAUUAAAUCUAAAAGGCCCUGAAGUCACAGGUGAUGGAGCUGUGUCAGUACCAGCUAUUGAGGGAGAUAUAACAGGGCCACAAAUGGAUAUCAGAGGCCCAAAAGUUGACAUCAAGGGGUCUCCAAGUGGGUUUGAAUUACCCAAGGUGAGAAUGCCAGAAAUCAGCUUUAAAGGUCCAAAACUGGAGGGCCCCGAAGGGCCCGAGGUAGACAUUGGAGGACUUCGUGUUGAUAUUGACAGUCAAGGAGGAAAGAUCAAGGCACCUCAAAUAAAAACCACUGGAUCCAUCAUCACUGCGCCAACCGUGGACCUGCGAGGCCCUGAAAUGAAAGCUGAUGUGUCAGAAAUUAAUAUCAAAGGUCCAAAGUUUGACACCAAGGGAUUGACGACUAAAAUCACAGGACCAAACAUCUCCAAGCCUAAUAUGGACUUCGAUCGGACAGGACCAAUGGUCAGAAGCAGUGUCGAUGUGUCACUACCAAAUGUACAAGCAACUGAAAUUGAACUGACAGGACCCAAAAUUGACACAAAAGGGCCCAAGACAGGCAUUGAUAUUGACGUUACGGGCCCAAAGGUUGAAUUGCCAAAAGUUGAUGUCAACCUCCCGAAAACUGACAUUGACGCACCGAAUGUUGACAUCAAAAUCAAGGAAUCGACAAUCAAGAUCCCUGGACUAUCAGGACCAACCGUCUCAAUGGGGAAUGCGGACAUCAAUCUGACAGGCCCAAAAGUCAAAAGUGAUGGAGAUGCAUCGGUAGAAACUGUCAAAGUUGGUAUAAAAACACCAGGAAUUGAUAUCAAAGGUCCAAAAAUGGACACCGAGGGGUCUAAAACUGCAUUUUCUUUGCCAAAAUUUGGCUUAAAAGGUCCAAGCAUAGAAGGUUCUAAUGUUAACAUCAACCUUCCCAAAGCAAACAUCGAUGUGAAGGUCCCAGAUGUUGAUGUCAAGCUCCCACAAGGUGAAGGUCCGAACGUGGUAGGUCCUGACAUUGAUAUGAACUUCCACAAGUCUAAUGUUGAUGUCAAGGUCCCUGGGGUUAAAUUGAAAGCACAAGAAGUUGAUGUUACUCUCCCCGAAGCAGAUCUUGAAGUACCAGAUGCUGACACUGGUGGUCUAAGUGGCAAAAUCAAGGGAGCCAAAUUCAAGAUGCCAAAAAUAUCGGGGCAAAACAUCUCCAUACCCGAUAUCGACUUACAUCUGCAAGGUCCCAAGGUCAAAGGCAAUGUAGAUGUGACUGUACCAAACAUCGAAGGAGAAAAAGCAUCAGGAAUGGAUUUCAAAGGUCCAAAAGUCAAGAUCCCUGAAGUCGAUGUGUCAGCGAUUGAAGGAGAUAUUAAAGCUCCAGAAAUUGGAUUUAAAGGCUCCAAGGUUGACAUUAAGGGGCCAAACACUGGAUUUGGUUUACCAAAAUUCAAAAUGCCUAAUUUAGGUGUUAAAGGUGCAAAUGUGGAAGCUCCCGAAAUGGAUGUCAAACUACCCAAGGCUAAUAUUGACGUUACGGGUCCUGAGACUGAAUUGCAAGCCGAUUUGAGCAUUAAAUAUCCAAAACCGGACAUCAAAACACCUGAUUUUGACAGUGAUGGUCUAAGUGGCAAGAUCAAAGGACCCACAUUCAAGAUACCAAAUAUAUCAGGUCCAAAUGUGCCUGGUGUUGACAUACAAGUGAAAGGUCCCGAGGUCAAAGGUGAUGUAGAUGUGUCUGUACCAAAUAUCAGAGGAGGAAUAAAAGCACCAGGAAUGGAUAUCAAAGGAGUCAAGAUCCCAGAAGUCGACAUUCAAAGUCCUGAAGUGGAUGUCAGUCUGUCUGCAGCAGAUUUGGAUAUUAAAGGACCUGAGUUGGAUGUCAAAGGACCAGAUGUUGACAUUGACAGUCCCAGUUGUAAGAUCAAGGGACCCAAAUUCAAGAUGCCAAAAAUAACAGGACCAAAAAUCUCCAUGCCUGAUGUGAACCUAAACUUGAAAGGUCCCGGGAUGAAAGGCGAUGUCGAUGUGUCACUACCAAAUGUCGAGGGAGAUAUACAACCUCCAGAAAUGAAUAUCAAAGGACCCAAUGUUGAUGUGAAAGGUCCCGCGAUUGGAUUACCAAAAUUCAAAAUGCCAGAAUUUGGUUUGAAAGGUCCUAAAGUCGAGAGUCCUGACGUCGACAUAAACCUUCCCGAGGCUAAUAUGGAUGUCAAUAUCCCAAAAGUUGAUUUGGACAUCAACACACCAGACGUUGAUGUUGAUGUUGAUGUUGGAAAGACCAAGGGGCUCAAAUUCAAGAUGCCAAAAAUAACAGGACCAAAAAUCUCCAUGCCUGAUGUGAACCUGGAUUUGAAAGGUCCCGGGAUGAAAGGCGAUCUAGAUGUGUCACUACCAAAUGUUGAGGGAGAUAUACAACCUCCAGAAAUGAAUAUCAAAGGACCCAAUGUUGAUGUGAAAGGUCCCACGAUUGGAUUACCAAAAUUCAAAAUGCCAGAAUUUGGGAUGAAAGGUCCUAAAGUGGAGAGUCCUGACGUCGACAUAAACCUUGGCGAGGCUAAUAUGGAUGUCAAUAUUCCAAAAGUUGAUUUGGACAUCAACACACCAGAUGUUGAUGUUGAUGUUGAUGUUGGAAAGACCAAGGGGCUCAAAUUCAAGAUGCCAAAAAUAACAGGACCAAAAAUCUCCAUGCCUGAUGUGAACCUGGAUUUGAAAGGUCCCGGGAUGAAAGGCGAUCUAGAUGUGUCACUACCAAAUGUCAAGGGAGAUAUACAACCUCCAGAAAUGAAUAUCAAAGGACCCAAUGUUGAUGUGAAAGGUCCUACAAUUGGUUUUGGAUUACCAAAAUUCAAAAUGCCAGAAUUUGGAAUGAAAGGUCCUAAAGGGGAGAGUCCUGACGUCGACAUAAACAUUGGCGAGGCUAAUAUGGAUGUCAAUAUCCCAAAAGUUGAUUUGGACAUCAACACACCAGACGUUGAUGUUGAUGUUGACGUUGAUGUUGGAAAGAUCAAGGGGUCCAAAUUCAAGAUGCCAAAAAUAACAGGACCAAAAAUCUCCAUGCCUGAUGUGAACCUGGAUUUGAAAGGUCCCGGGAUGAAAGGCGAUCUAGAUGUGUCACUACCAAAUGUCAAGGGAGAUAUACAACCUCCAGAAAUGAAUAUCAAAGGACCCAAUGUUGAUGUGAAAGGUCCCACGAUUGGAUUACCAAAAUUCAAAUUGCCAGAAUUUGGGAUGAAAGGUCCUAAAGUCGAGAGUCCUGACGUCGACAUAAACCUUCCUGAGGCUAAUAUGGAUGUCAAUAUCCCAAAAGUUGAUUUGGACAUCAACACACCAGAUGUUGAUGUUGAUGUUGGAAAGACCAAGGGGCUCAAAUUCAAGAUGCCAAAAAUAACAGGACCAAAAAUCUCCAUGCCUGAUGUGAACCUGGAUUUGAAAGGUCCCGGGAUGAAAGGCGAUCUAGAUGUGUCACUACCAAAUGUCGAGGGAGAUAUACAACCUCCAGAAAUGAAUAUCAAAGGACCCAAUGUUGAUGUGAAAGGUCCCACGAUUGGAUUACCAAAAUUCAAAAUGCCAGAAUUUGGGAUGAAAGGUCCUAAAGUGGAGAGUCCUGACGUCGACAUAAACCUUGGCGAGGCUAAUAUGGAUGUCAAUAUUCCAAAAGUUGAUUUGGACAUCAACACACCAGAUGUUGAUGUUGAUGUUGAUGUUGGAAAGACCAAGGGGCUCAAAUUCAAGAUGCCAAAAAUAACAGGACCAAAAAUCUCCAUGCCUGAUGUGAACCUGGACUUGAAAGGUCCCGGGAUGAAAGGCGAUCUAGAUGUGUCACUACCAAAUGUCAAGGGAGAUAUACAACCUCCAGAAAUGAAUAUCAAAGGACCCAAUGUUGAUGUGAAAGGUCCUACAAUUGGUUUUGGCUUACCAAAAUUCAAAAUGCCAGAAUUUGGAAUGAAAGGUCCUAAAGUCGAGAGUCCUGACGUCGACAUAAACCUUCCCGAGGCUAAUAUGGAUGUCAAUAUCCCAAAAGUUGAUUUGGACAUCAACACACCAGACGUUGAUGUUGAUGUUGAUGUUGGAAAGAUCAAGGGGUCCAAAUUCAAGAUGCCCAAAAUAACAGGACCAAAAAUCUCCAUGCCUGAUGUGAACCUGGAUUUGAAAGGUCCUGGGAUCAAAGGCGAUGUCGAUGUGUCACUACCAAAUGUCAAGGGAGAUAUACAACCUCCAGAAAUGAAUAUCAAAGGACCCAAUGUUGAUGUGAAAGGUCCUACAAUGGGUUUUGGCUUACCAAAAUUCAAAAUGCCAGAAUUUGGAAUGAAAGGUCCUAAAGUCGAGAGUCCUGACGUCAACAUAAACCUUCCCGAGGCUAAUAUGGAUGUCAAUAUUCCAAAAGUUGAUUUGGACAUCAACACACCAGACGUUGAUGUUGAUGUUGGAAAGAUCAAGGGGUCCAAAUUCAAGAUGCCCAAAAUAACAGGACCAAAAAUCUCCAUGCCUGAUGUGAACCUGGAUUUGAAAGGUCCUGGGAUCAAAGGCGAUGUCGAUGUGUCACUACCAAAUGUCAAGGGAGAUAUACAACCUCCAGAAAUGAAUAUCAAAGGACCCAAUGUUGAUGUGAAAGGUCCUACAAUGGGUUUUGGCUUACCAAAAUUCAAAAUGCCAGAAUUUGGAAUGAAAGGUCCUAAAGUCGAGAGUCCUGACGUCAACAUAAACCUUCCCGAGGCUAAUAUGGAUGUCAAUAUUCCAAAAGUUGAUUUGGACAUCAACACACCAGACGUUGAUGUUGAUGUUGGAAAGAUCAAGGGGUCCAAAUUCAAGAUGCCCAAAAUAACAGGACCAAAAAUCUCCAUGCCUGAUGUGAACCUGGAUUUGAAAGGUCCCGGGAUGAAAGGCGAUCUAGAUGUGUCACUACCAAAUGUCAAGGGAGAUAUACAACCUCCAGAAAUGAAUAUCAAAGGACCCAAUGUUGAUGUGAAAGGUCCUACAAUGGGUUUUGGAUUACCAAAAUUCAAAAUGCCAGAAUUUGGAAUGAAAGGUCCUAAAGUCGAGAGUCCUGACGUCAACAUAAACCUUCCCGAGGCUAAUAUGGAUGUCAAUAUCCCAAAAGUUGAUUUGGACAUCAACACACCAGAUGUUGAUGUUGAUGUUGAUGUUGGAAAGAUCAAGGGGUCCAAAUUCAAGAUGCCAAAAAUAACAGGACCAAAAAUCUCCAUGCCUGAUGUGAACCUGGAUUUGAAAGGUCCCGGGAUGAAAGGCGAUGUUGAUGUGUCACUACCAAAUGUCAAGGGAGAUAUACAACCUCCAGAAAUGAAUAUCAAAGGACCCAAUGUUGAUGUGAAAGGUCCUACAAUGGGUUUUGGAUUACCAAAAUUCAAAAUGCCAGAAUUUGGAAUGAAAGGUCCUAAAGUCGAGAGUCCUGACGUCAACAUAAACCUUCCCGAGGCUAAUAUGGAUGUCAAUAUUCCAAAAGUUGAUUUGGACAUCAACACACCAGAUGUUGAUGUUGAUGUUGAUGUUGGAAAGAUCAAGGGGUCCAAAUUCAAGAUGCCAAAAAUAACAGGACCAAAAAUCUCCAUGCCUGAUGUGAACCUGGAUUUGAAAGGUCCCGGGAUGAAAGGCGAUCUAGAUGUGUCACUACCAAAUGUCAAGGGAGAUAUACAACCUCCAGAAAUGAAUAUCAAAGGACCCAAUGUUGAUGUGAAAGGUCCUACAAUUGGUUUUGGCUUACCAAAAUUCAAAAUGCCAGAAUUUGUAAUGAAAGGUCCGAAAGUGGAGAGUCCUGACGUCGACAUAAACCUUCCCGAGGCUAAUAUGGAUGUCAAUAUCCCAAAGGUUGAUUUGGACAUCAACGCACCAGAUGUUGAUGUUGAUGUUGGAAAGAUCAAGGGGUCCAAAUUCAAGAUGCCAAAAAUAACAGGACCAAAAAUCUCCAUGCCUGAUGUGGACUUACACCUGAAAUCUCCCAAGAUCAAAGGCAAUGUAGAUGUGUCCGUCCCAAAAGUUGAGGGAGAUAUAAAAGUUCCAGAAAUUGAUAUCAAAGGUUCAAAACCUGACAUGAAAGGUCCUACCAUUGGUUUUGGAUUACCAAAAUUCAAAAUGCCAGAAUUUGGUUUGAAAGGUCCAACAGUCGAGGGUCCAGAAAUGGACAUAAACAUCCCCAAGGCUAAUGUUGAUAUGAAGGUCCCUGAAGUUGACAUUCAGGGCCCAGAAGUUGACGUCAGUCUCCCAAAAUGUGAUUUGGACAUCAAAGGCCCAAAAUUGGACAUUGACGCACCAGAUGUAGACGUCGGUGGUCUAGGCGGCAAGAUCAAGGGACCCAAAUUCAAAAUGCCCAAAAUAUCAGGACCAAAAAUCUCCAUGCCUGAUGUGGACUUACAACUGAAAGGCCCCAAGGGCAAAGGCGAUGUAGAUGUGUCAGUCCCUAAGGUUGAGGGGGAUAUAAAAGCUCCAGAAAUUGAUAUCAAAGUUUCAAAACCUGACAUGAAAGGCUCUGGCUUUGGAUUACCGAAAUUCAAAAUGCCAGAAUUUGCUUUGAAAGGUCCAACAGUAGAGGGUCCAGAAAUAAACCUCCCCAAGGCUGAUAUUGAUGUCAAGGUCCCUGAGGUGGACAUUCAGGGCCCAAAAGUUGACGUCGGUGAUUUGGACAUCAAAGGCCAAAAAUUGGACAUCGAAGUACCAGAUGUUGACAUUGACAGUCCCAACUGGAAGAUCAAGGGAUCUAAAUUCAAGAUGCCAAAACUCUCAGGACCAAGCCUGCCCAGUGUGGACUUCAACCUGAAAAGCCCAAAAGUCAAAGGUGAUGUAGAUGUGUCAGUACCAGGAAUUGAAGGCAAUGUUAAAGCCCCAGAAAUUGAACUAAAAGGCCCGAAAGUUGAUAUUAAGGGGUCCAACACUGGAUUUGAUUUACCAAAAUUCAAACUACCGAAAUUUGGUUUGAAAGGUCCAAACGUGGAAUGUCCUGACUUUGAUGUUGAUGUUAAGGGCCCUGAUGUUGAAUUGCAAGCGCCAGAGUUGGAUGUUAAUCUCCCAAAAGCAGAUUUGGACAUUAAAGGUCCAACAAUGGACAUUGAAGCACCAGAUGUUGAGAUUGAUGGUCUAGGUGGAAAGAUCAAAGGACCCAAAUUCAAGAUGCCAAAAUUAUCAGGACCAAACAUCUCCAUGCCUGAUGUUGACCUACAUCUGAAGGGUUCUAAGGUCAAAGGCGAUGUAGAUGUUUCAGUACCAACCAUCGAGGGAGCGCCAGCAAUGGGUAUCACAGGUCCCAAAGCAGACGUGAAAGGUCCUUCGAUUGGUUUUGGAUUACCGAAAUUCAAAAUGCCAGAAUUUGGUUUCAAAGGUCCGAAAGUGGAGGGUCCACACAUUGACAUAAACCCCCCUGAGGCAAAUUUUGAUGCCAAAGUCCCCGAGGUGGAUGUCAGUCUUCCUAAAGCUGAUGUGGACAUCAAAGGCCUGAAGAUGGACAUCGAAGGACCAGACGUUGAUGUUGAGAGUCCCAGUUGGAAGCUGAAGGGACCUAAUUUCAAGAUGCCAAAAGUCAAAAUGCCAGGAUUUGGCUUUAAAGGUCCAAAACUAGAAUGCCCUGACGUUGACGUCAACCUUCCCAAACCUAACAUUGAUGUCAACAUGCCAAAGGUUGACGUUGAAGGCCCUGAAUUUGAUGUCAGCCUUCCAAAAGCUGAUAUAGACAUGAAGGGCCCUAAGGUGGACAUCGAAGGACCAGAUGUUGACGUUGAUAGCCCCAGUUGGAAGUUCAAAGGGCCAAAUUUCAAGAUGCCAAAAGUCAAAAUGCCAGAAUUUGGCUUCAAGGGUCCUGACAUUGAUGUCAACGUUCCCAAGGCUAAUAUUGAUGUCAACAUGCCAGACAUUGAUGCCAGUCUUCCAAAAACCGAUAUAGACAUGAAGGGCCCUAAGGUGGACAUCGAAGGACCAGAUGUUGAUGUUGAUAGCCCCAGUUGGAAGUUCAAAGGGCCGAAUUUCAAGAUGCCAAAAGUCAAAAUGCCAGAAUUUGGCUUCAAGGGUCCUGACAUUGAUGUCAACGUUCCCAAGGCUAAUAUUGAUGUCAACAUGCCAGACAUUGAUGCCAGUCUUCCAAAAACCGAUAUAGACAUAAAGGGCCCUAAGGUGGACAUCGAAGGACCAGAUGUUGAUGUUGAUAGUCCCAGUUGGAAGCUGAGGGGACCUAAUUUCAAGAUGCCAAAAAUUUCAGGCCCAAAAAUCACCGUGCCCAGUCUGGACAUCAAUAUGAAACGCCCAAAAUUGAAAGGAGAUGUAGAUGUGUCAGUACCAAAUAUUGAGGGGAACAUAAAAGCACCGGAAAUUGACAUGAAAGGACCAACCCUUGACAUUAAGGGACCGAACGCUGCGUUUGAAUUACCAAAAAUCAAAAUGCCAGAAUUCAACCUAAAGAGUCCAAAUCUAGAGGGCCCUGACAUUGAUGUGAACCUUACCAAGGCUAACCUUGAUGUCAAGGUCCCUGAUGUUAAAUUGCAAGCUCCAGAAGUUGAUAUUGAUCUCCCGAAAGCAGAUUUGGACAUUAAAGGCCCGGAAUUGGACAUUGCAGCACCAAAUGUUGAUGUUGAUAGCCCCAGUUGGAAGUUCAAAGGACCUAAUUUCAAGAUGCCAAAACUAUCAGGACCAAAAAUCUCCAUGCCUGAUGUGGACUUCAAUCUGAAAGGCCCCAAGGUCAAAGGCGAUGUCGAUGUGUCAAUACCAAACAUCGAGGGAGAAAUAACAGCACCAGAAAUGGAUAUCAAAGGUCCAAAAGCUGGCGUGAAAGGUCCGACGGUUGAUUUUGGAUUACCAAAAUUCAAAAUGCCAGAAUUUGGUUUGAAAGGUCCAAAAGUGGAGGGUCCAAAUGUCGACAUCAAACUCCCCAAAGGUAGCCUUGAUGUCAAGGUCCCUGAUGUUAAACUGCAAGCACCAGAAGUUGAUAUUAAUCUCCCGAAAACAGAUUUGGACAUUGAAGGCCCAGAAUUGGACAUUGAAGGACCAAAUGUUGAUGUUGAUGGUCUAGGUGGCAAGAUCAAGGGACCCAAAUUCAAGAUGCCAAAACUAUCAGGACCAAAAAUCUCCAUGCCUGAUGUGGACUUCAAUCUGAAAGGCCCCAAGGUCAAAGGCGAUGUUGAUGUGUCAAUACCAAACAUCGAGGGAGAAAUAACAGCACCAGAAAUGGAUAUCAAAGGUCCAAAAGCUGGCGUGAAAGGUCCUACAGUUGAUUUUGAAUUACCAAAAUUCAAAAUGCCAGAAUUUGGUUUGAAAGGUCCAAAAGUGGAGGGUCCAGAUGUCAAUAUCAACCUCCCCAAGGCUAAAGUAGAUGUCAAUCUCCCAAAGACGAAUUUGGACAUCAAAGGCCCGGAGAUUGACAUUGAAGGACCAGAUGUUGACAUUGACAGUCCCAGUUGGAAGAUCAAGGGACCAAAAUUCAAGAUGCCAAAACUAUCAGGACCACACAUCUCUAUGCCCGAUGUUGAUUUCAAUAUUAAAGGCUCUAAACUCAAAGGUGAUGUUGAUGUGUCAUCACCAAAUAUUGAGGGAAACAUUAAAGGACCCGACGUGGACAUAAGUGGUCCAAAAAUGGACAUAAAAGGGAUUACAACUCCAGAAAUUGACAUUAAAAAACCGGAUGUUGAUAUUCAGAGUCCAGGUGGCAAGAUCAAGGGACUAAAAUUCAAGAUGCCAAAACUCUCUGGACCAAACAUCUCCAUGCCUGACGUGGAUUUCAAUUUGAAAGGCCACAAGAUCAAAGGGGAUGUAGACGUGUCAGUACCACAUAUCGAAGGAGAUGCAAAAGCACCCGAAAUUGAUAUAAAAGGUCCUAAAGUUGACAUUAAGGGAUCCAAGUCUGGGUUUGAAUUACCAAAAAUCAAAAUGCCAGAAUUUGGUUUUAAAGGUACCAAACCAGAGUGUCCCGAUAUUGACGUCAACCUUCCCAAAGCUAAUAUUGAUGUCAACAUCCCAGGGGUUGACAUUGAAGGCCCCAAAGUUGAUGUCAGUCUUCCAAAAGCUGAUUUGGACAUGAAGGGCCCUAAGGUGGACAUUGGAGGACCAGAUGUUGAUGUUGAUAGCCCCAGUUGGAAGUUCAAAGGACCUAAUUUCAAGAUGCCAAAAGUCAAAAUGCCAGAAUUUGGCUUCAAGGGUCCUGACAUUGAUGUCAACGUUCCCAAGGCUAAUAUUGAUGUCAACAUGCCAGACGUUGACGCCAGUCUUCCAAAAGCUGAUAUAAACAUGAAGGGCCCUAACGUGGACAUCGAAGGACCUGAUGUUGAUGUUGAUAGUCCCAGUUGGAAGUUCAAAGGGCCGAAUUUCAAGAUGCCAAAAGUCAAAAUGCCAGAAUUUGGAUUUAAGGGUCCAAAUCUAGAAUGCCCCGAAGUUGAUGUCAACGUUCCCAAGGCUAACAUUGAUGUCAACAUGCCAGACGUUGAUGUCAGUCUUCCAAAAGCUGAUAUAAACAUGAAGGGCCCUAAGGUGGACAUCGAAGGACCAGAUGUUGACGUUGAUAGUCCCAGUUGGAAGUUCAAAGGACCUAAUUUCAAGAUGCCAAAAGUCAAAAUGCCAGAAUUUGGCUUCAAGGGUCCUGACAUUGAUGUCAACGUUCCCAAGGCUAACAUUGAUGUCAACAUGCCAGACGUUGAUGCCAGUCUUCCAAAAGCUGAUAUAGACAUGAAGGGCCCUAACGUGGACAUCGAAGGACCUGAUGUUGAUGUUGAUAGCCCCAGUUGGAAGUUCAAAGGGCCGAAUUUCAAGAUGCCAAAAGUCAAAAUGCCAGAAUUUGGCUUUAAGGGUCCUGACAUUGAUGUCAACGUUCCCAAGGCUAAUAUUGAUGUCAACAUGCCAGACGUUGAUGCCAGUCUUCCAAAAGCCGAUAUAGACAUGAAGGGCCCUAAGGUGAACAUCGAAGGACCAGAUGUUGAUGUUGAUAGCCCCAGUUGGAAGUUCAAAGGGCCGAAUUUCAAGAUGCCAAAAGUCAAAAUGCCAGAAUUUGGCUUUAAGGGUCCUGACAUUGAUGUCGACGUUCCCAAGGCUAAUAUUGAUGUCAACAUGCCAGACGUUGAUGCCAGUCUUCCAAAAGCUGAUAUAGACAUGAAGGGCCCUAAGGUGAACAUCGAAGGACCUGAUGUUGAUGUUGAUAGUCCCAGUUGGAAGUUCAAAGGACCUAAUUUCAAAAUGCCAAAAGUCAAAAUGCCAGAAUUUGGCUUCGAGGGUCCUGACAUUGAUGUCAACGUUCCCAAGGCUAAUAUUGAUGUCAACAUCCCAGACGUUGAUGCCAGUCUUCCAAAAGCUGAUAUAAACAUGAAGGGUCCUAAGGUGGACAUCGAAGGACCAGAUGUUGAUGUUGAUAGCCCCAGUUGGAAGUUCAAAGGGCCGAAUUUCAAGAUGCCAAAAGUCAAAAUGCCAGAAUUUGGCUUCAAGGGUCCUGACAUUGAUGUCAACGUUCCCAAGGCUAAUAUUGAUGUCAACAUGCCAGACGUUGAUGUCAGUCUUCCAAAAGCCGAUAUAAACGUGAAGGGCCCUAACGUGGACAUCGAAGGACCAGAUGUUGAUGUUGAUAGUCCCAGUUGGAAGCUCAAGGGACCUAAUUUCAAGAUGCCACAAAUCUCAGGCCCAAACAUCACCAUGCCAAAUCUGGACAUCAAGAUGAAACGCCCCAAACUGAAAGGGGAUGUAGAUGUGUCAGUACCAAAUAUCGAGGCAGAUAUACAAGUACCCGAAAUUGAUGCAAAAGGUGAUCUUGAUGUAUCAGGACCAAGUAUGAAGGGGGAUAUAAAAGCCCCAGAACUGAAACUCAAAGGCCCCACACUUGAAAUCCAGGGAUCCAAGAGUGGAUUUGACUUACCAAAAUUAAAAAUGCCAGAAUUUGGCUUCAAAGGUCCGAAGGUAAAAGCACCAGAAGUUGACGUAAGCCUCCCCACAUCCAAGGGUAAUAUCGAAGGAAACAUUCAAUUGCCAAAAACAGAACUUGACAUUUCAGAUGUUGCCGUUGAUGUUCCUGAAAUCAGCACAAAGAAACCGAAAUUCAAAAUGCCAAAGUUUGGAUUCAAGGGUCCAAAAAAGACUAAAAUAGAUUUAAAAGUACCAAGUGUCGAUGUGAAAGGUCCAAAGUUGGAAGAUCCUGAUUUUGACAUCAGCCUCCCCAAGGCAAAUAUUGAUGUUGACAUGGACAGUCCCACCGGUAAGAUCAAGGGAUCAAAAUUCAAGAUGCCAGAUGUGGACUUCGGUCUGAAAGGCGCUAAACAUACAGGUGAUUUGGACUUGUCACUACCAAAUAUUGAGGGAGAAAUGAAAGGACCCAAAAUUAACGUCAAAGUCCCCGAGGGUGGCAUCAAGGGACCUAAUAUGGGAUUUGAAUUGCCAAAAUUCAAAAUGCCACAAUUUGGCAUCAAAGGUCCACAAGCGCAGUGUCCUGACAUUGACGUCAACCUUCCCAAAGCUAAUAUUGACGUCAAUGUCCCCGGGGUUGACAUGAAAGGGCCUCAAGUUGACGUCAGUCUCCCAAAAACUGAUGUGGACAUUAAAUGCCCCAAGAUGGACAUUGAAGGACCGGAUGUUGACAUUGACAGUCCCAGUUGGAAGAUCAAGGGGCCAAAAUUGAAGAUGCCAAAACUGCAAGGACCAAACAUCUCCUUGCCUGAUGUGGAUUUCAGUGUAAAAGGCCCUAAACUCAAAGGUGAUGUAGAUGUGUCAGCGCCAAGUAUUGAGGGAGACCUACAAGCACCUGAUGUGGACAUCAGCGGCCCAAAUGUUGGCAUAAAGGGUUCCACCUCUGGUUUUGGAUUGCCCAAAUUCAAAAUGCCCGAAUUUGGCAUCAAAGGUCCAAAACUGGAGGGUGUAGAAGUUGAUGUCAAUCCCCCAACAGCUGAUGUGGACAUCAAAUGCCCUGAGAUGAAUCUCCCAAAAGCUGAUUUGGACAUUGAAGGACCAGAUGUUGACAUUGACAGUCCCAGUUGGAAGAUCAAGGGGCCAAAAUUGAAGAUGCCAAAACUGACAGGCCCAAACAUCUCCUUGCCUGAUGUUGAUUUCAAUGUGACGGGCCCGAAACUCAAAGGUGAUCUAGAUGUGUCAGCACCAAGUAUUGAGGGAGACCUACAAGCACCUGAUGUGGACAUCAGCGGCCCAAAUGUUGGCAUAAAGGGUUCCACCUCCGGUUUUGGAUUGCCAAAAUUCAAAUUGCCAGAUUUUGGCUUCAAAGGUCCAAAACUGGAGGGCGCAGAAGUUGAUGUCAGUCCCCCAACAGCUGAUGUGGACAUCAAAUGCCCUGAGAUGAGCAUUGAAGGACCAGAUGUUGACAUUGACAGUCCCGGUUGGAAGAUCAAGGGACCAAAACUCAAGAUGCCCAAAGUCUCAGGACCAAACCUCUCCAUGCCCAAUGUUGAUUUGAAUAUUAAAGGCCCAAAACUCAAAGGUGAUGUGGAUGUGUCAGUGCCAAAUAUAGAGGGAGACAUAAACAUAUCUGAUGUGGACAUCAAAGGUCCAAAAGUUGACAUUGAGGGACCGAAGGCUGGAAUAGCAUUUCCAAAAAUCAAAAUGCCUGGAUUUGCCAUCAAAGGUCCAAAAAUGGAGGGUCCGGAUGUUGACAUAAACCUUCCCAACACUAAUAUUGAUGUCAAGGCCCCAGAAAUUGAUGUGAAUCUCCCAAAAGCUGAUUUGGACAUUGAAGGACCAGAUGUUGACAUCGACAGUCCCAGUUGGAAGAUCAAGGGACCAAAAUUCAAGAUGCCAAAACUGACAGGCCCAAACAUCUCUAUGCCCGAUGUUGAUUUCAAUGUGACGGGUCCGAAACUCAAAGGCGAUGUAGAUGUGUCAGCACCAAAUAUAGAGGGAGACAUAAACGUCAGAGGCCCAAAUGUUGACAUAAAGGGUCCCACAUCUGGUUUUGGAUUGCCAAAAAUGAAAAUGCCAGAAUUUGGCUUCAAAGGUCCAAAAGUGGAGAGUCCAGACACGGACAUAAAACUCCCCAAAGCUAAUAUUCAUGUGAAGGCCCCAGAAGUUGAUGUCAAUCUCCCAAAAGCUGAUUUGGACAUUAAAUGCCCCGAGAUGAGCAUUGAAGGACCAGAUGUUGACACUGACAGUCCCAGUUGGAAGAUUAAAGGACCAAAAAUCAAGAUGCCAAAACUGACAGGACCAAAUAUCACCAUGUCUGAUGUGGAUUUGAAUAUAAAAGGCCCUAAUCUAAAAGGUGAUGUCGAUGUAUCAGCACCAAGUAUUGAGGGAGCCAUACAAGCACCUGACGUGGACAUCAAAGGUCCACAAGUCGACAUCGAGGGACCCAAGACUGGAAUAGGAUUUCCAAAAAUCAAAAUGCCUGAAUUUGGCUUUAAAGGUCCAAAAGUGGAAGGUCCGAGCAUUCCAAAGGGCAAUAUUGACAUCAAGGUUCCGGAGCUUGACAUUGAAGGCCCUCAAAUUGACGUUGGGCUACCAACAGCCGAUUUGGACUCCGAGCUGAACAUCCGAGGACCAGAUGUUGACAUUGGCGGUCCGAGUGGUAAGAUCAAGGGAUCUAAAUUAAAGAUGCCAAAACUCCCCGGAGCAAAGAUCUCCAUGCCAAAUGUUGAUGUCCAUGUGAAAAGUCCCGACCUUAAAGGUAAUGUAGACGUGUCAGAACCAAGUUUUGAUGGAAAAAUAAAAACAGCAGGAUUGGAUGUCAAAGGUCCAAAAGUUGCCACAAAGGGUCCCAAGGGUGCCUUUGAAGGCCCCAGCAUUAAAGGAGAAGUGGAUGUCUCAUACCCUGAUGUGGAUGUCAACAUAAAGGGGAAAAAGGGUAAAUUUAAACUUCCUAAAGUCACAGGAAAGGGAAAGAAAUCCGAUUUUGACACAGAAACACCAACAAUCGAUGUCGAUGUAGACACACCCAAAACGAACGUUCAAAGAACAAAAGUGAAGAAGCCUCUUUUUGGUAAGCUACAUUUUCCUGAUGUGGAAUUUGAUAUCAAAUCCCCCAAAGUGAAAGGUGAUGGAUCUUUAUCUGAGGAUCUGAAAUCCCCCGAUAUCGGCUUCCAGGGUUCUGUUAGCAACAGUCAGGAUAUUACCCUUGAAGGCUCAGAUGUGAGAUUAAAGACACCCCAAAUCCGACUUCCAAGCAGCACAAUCGGGGGCCUUCGAUAUCCCGAAGGUACAGUCACAUUUCCUAAGCUCAAGUUACCAAGGUUCGGUUUUAGUUUGCCCCAGUUUGAGGACCAGGCAGGCGAUGGAAAAGGAUCACUGAACAUUGCAGCUCGUGGAGGGCUUCACGGUUCGCAGGAUAUUGCCGUUUCUAGUCCAGAAAUAAGGUCGGGUGAAGGAAAGAUGAAGGUUAAGAUACCAAAUUUCUUUGGAAAAUCAAAAGCAAAAGGCAGGAGCGCAGGGGACCUUCGAGGUCCAGAGGUAGAACUGAGUUCAGGUGGAAAAGGCAAGGUCUCGAAAGAUUUCAGUCUCCAUAGCGGAGAGGGAAAAUUACAUUUAGAGGGAGACGCUGGACUCAGUGUUUCGCCCAAAAGUAAGUCAGCGUCACUGGAUCUUUUCAAGAAGUCGAGGCAUCGUUCGUCCUCUGAUGAGGGUGGGCUUACAGUUGCUUCCCCUUCGGGACACCUCGAAGCGGAGGACGCUGGUAUUUCACUCGACCUCAAGGGACCAAAAGUGGAAGGAAAGAAAGGCAAGUUGAAAUUUGGCACGUUUGGAGGUUUUGGUUCAAAGUCGAAGGGCUCGUACGAAGUGACGUACGGCGAGGCCGGUGCGGCGGCGGCAGAGGGGAGCGCAGGUGUGUCGUUGACCACCCCAAAAUCGAGAUUGUCAUCGUCGUCGUCGUCCAGCAGUGACAUUGGGUCAAGGGGUGCUUUCAAAUUACCCAAAAUUGAACUCUCUGUAUCGCCAAAGAAUGAAUAAUUAGUUGAUGACUUAAAUUCACUGAUCUGAAAACGGUUCUCUCAGUACAGGAAAUAAGUCCAAGGCCGAGAAAACACAAAUCCAUCUCAUAAGUAAUACGGACAAAGCAGAGAGUUUAAGCCCCAUCAGACUGUAAAUAAGAUCGAAAUGUAUUGUAAUAAAUAUUGUUUUUUUUUUUUGUACAUAGUCAAGAUUUAUUGAGCAUACGCCACCAAAUUUUCCACUAAUGACUUUGCUUCUGCUAUUGCUAUUUUGUCCUGUUUCAUUCAAUUAAAAAAAUGUCGAUGAACGGUUGUGGUAUAAUUCUGGUCAGAGUAGUUAUUUGAAGGAAAGUGUUGUUUCUACAGCAGUUAUAGACAGUUUUACUUCAACGCUUUGAUUUUGUUUAACCAGCGCGGAAAUACUUCUGCAUCCUAAACGGGGGCCUGUAUAACAACAUAUUGUAUUCUUUUCAGUGUGAUGAUGUUUCAUAGAGCAUAAAUGCAGUCACCGUGUUUAGAAACUGUCAUGUAUUUUCCUGCACAUUUUUGUCACCCUUCAAAGAUUUAGCCACAUUUGGAUGUUACUUUCAGUCGAAUCUCUUUUAUUGUACCUUCUCUUUUCACAAUAAAAUGCAAUUAAAUGUCAUUGUUGGUGUUUGUAAAUUGAUCAGACGUGAGAUCAGAUUUGUUUUUCUCCAUUUUUUGUGUGCAUUCUGUCAGAUAAAAACAAUUAAAUUGUAUAGAAAGUUC